AUGAGCAUUCCUAAUAGAAAAAACUUUUUAAAUGUUCUUAUAGCCUCGCUAUUCUUGGUAGCUAUCACUGAAGCUGCCCCAGUUGACACCACUACUGCUACAACUGUUGCUGCUGUUGCUGCCGCUGCCGCUGCGACUACUACCACUACUACUCCAGUCGCUGCCGCUGCCGCCACCACUAGUACUACCACUCCAGUCGCUGCCGCUGCCGCCACCACUAGUACUACCACUCCGGCUGCUGCUGUGGUUGCCACCACUUCUUCUACCACUGUUGCUGCCGCUGCCGCCGCUACUGCCACUACCGGUACUGCUGCCACUACUGGUACUACAAAUACCGCUACUACAGUCGCUGCUGCUGCUGCUACAAAUACCGCUACGACCGGAACGACCUCCACAACUCUUGCCGCUGCUGCCGCCGCCACUGCUACUGGCACUGGCACCACAACUACGACUCCUACUACUGCUACUACUGCCACCACUCCAGCUACCACCGCCGCAACAACAACAACUACACAAAAGGGCGCAUUGGCUCAGGGAGGCGGAAUUGCGGUUGAUACUACUACUGGUACAGGCUCUUCAUCUUCGGUGUCCCCAACUUUGAUUUGGGUGACGCUUCAAGAUGCAACCGUUCAGACGCCCUUCACCCAGGCAUUUGCCCUGACGUAUACCACCACUGCUGAAUCUGUCCCUUCAGGAUCAGUAGGGUUGGGGACCAUUUCAGGAACUGUGGGGAUUAUUCAUUCGGAAAGAAUAGUAACCGAGUCCUCUAAUGCAGGAAAUUUUGUCAAAGGUUCAAUUGGGAUUGGAUUCAUGGGAAUAAUCGGCGCUUUUAUAUUAUAA